AUGCACACAUCGUCUGCACCCCCAGCCUACCAUUCGAUGCCGUCGUCUGCUCCGUCAGCAACAAAAAAGCACGACAAAUACUACUACGAGGACGGAAACCUGGUCCUCCAGGCAGGUGACACCCUUUUCCCGUGUCUGGGACGGCACGAUUCGCCGUCACGCCACCGCUUUCCCUCUGCCCAACGCCGAAAAGCCCACAUCCGACGAGAACCCGCUUGUUCUAGAGGACGUUCCGAGUGCCGAUUUCGAACGACUAUUGUGGAUCCUCUAUCCACCUGUCCUGGGCCAAUGCCUUGCCUCGACCUCUGCCGACUGGACUGCCAUUCUCGCAUUGGCCACGAAGUAUUCACUAUCCGAUGUCCGGGACUUGGCGAUCCGGGAACUUGGCAAAGCUUUCGCUUGACCCUGUGGAGAAAAAUCGCAUUGCAGCAAACGUAUACCAUCGACAGGAAGUGGGCCGGUGACGCGUUCAUUGCACUCUGUACCCGUGCGCCGGCGUUGGAAAUCGAAGAGGGCAAGAAACUUGGAAUUGAGAUGACUGUUCAGGUUGCUGGUGCUCGAGAAAAACUCGACAAAUGGGGUAGAAAGAAGCCAGAGGAGGUCAAGAAAGUGGUGGCGGAAGUUUGGGGGAUUACUGUAGAAACACCAGCAGCUUGA